AAUAAUUAACAAAUGGACGAUAGCAGAUCUGAAAAGCAUUCGCAUAAAAUGGUGAGCAUUUAUAAUUUAUAUUAGAAUAUCGACCAUAUAAAAGAUGAAAAUAUAUUCUGCUUAAUUUGUGAGGAGUAAGAUUAUUCAGAGCAAAACUAAAUAAUAUUUUGUGAUGGAUGCGAUGUUACUGUUCAUUAAGAGUGCUAUCAUGUUGUAAAUUUGGGAGCAAAAUGGUAUUGUUAAAAAUGCUUGGCAUUAAAUGACGAUAGGGAUUAACAGAUCAAUUGUUAAUUUUGUCCAGAAUAAUACUAAAUUCUCGAAUUGGUGUAAAUAAAUGGAUAACAGUAAUGGGUAACUAAUAUCAUCGAAUGAAUUUUAGGCUCAUUCGAGUUGUUUGAAGUGGAACCCAUUUUUAGUUCAAAAUCCUCAAAGUUAUAAUUUAUAUACUUGCGAGACAGAUCUUCAAACAGGUUACAAGUGUCGUUAUUGUCAAAAGACUGACGGUUUUCAAUUGGAAUGCCAUUAUAAGGAGUGUUAAGAGGCCUUUCAUAUAGGGUGUUUGAAGGUGAAUGGAGGCAUAAUGAAUAAGGAGGCUAUGGAGUGUUUAUACACGUAUAUGAAACCGCAUUUGAAAAUUCAGGAUUAGAAACUAUUAUGUUGUGCGGAACAUGUCGAGGAAUUAUUGGCUAAGUUGGAUGAGAAUUAGAAGAACCUUAUAGAAGAGAGUAAUAUAGAGAUUGAUUCAUUUUAGAGUAUAUGAAAAUGAGAAGUGAAAGAUUGCAUUCUUAUUACAUCUACAAUAGGAACAAUAAAUAAGUAGUGGAUAAUAAAAACGAGACUAAGUAAACUAGAAAGCAACGAAAUUACGAAGACAUGUUAUUUGACGAGGUAGUUCAAUUGAAAUAGUUGAAAUAAGCCAAAAUACCGAUAAAGGAUAAGAAGGUGAAAUUGCAAUUCAAGGAGUAUAUGACGAGGAAACUGAAUGACCAAUUGCAUAAGUUGAGGGAUGACUUUAUGAAAAAAAAUCAUAAUGAUUUGAAUGCAGAUGAGGAUACUUAUAUUUAGAUAGAUACUCAAUUAAGUAAGAAACUAUUUGACAAAUUGGUGGACAUCAACAAUUUGGAAGAAUUUGAUAAAUAUUUGGUGAGUUAUUUCAUUUUUAACAAUAUGAUUAGAAAACCAAAUAAUCCUGAGAUUUAUAUUCGAGAUGUAAUUAUGUUUUAUUAAUGAUUAGGAUAAUAAUAAUUAUUCAUAUUGGAAGAAGAUGUUGGAUGAAUUGGGUAUUAAAAAUGGGGAGUAAUUCUCAAGGUUUUUGAAUGUACUCAGAUUGAAGAAGAUGAAUAUUGUGAGUAGGAAUAAUGAGAAAUUGCAAUAUGAAUAGGAUUUGCAAUAGCAAUUCGAGAUCUAAAAUAAUGAGUUGAUUGAAUGA